GUCCAGUCACCGGCAGCACCUCGAAGCAGCCCGAGAGCUCCUUUUUCCACAUGAAGCCACCGAGAAGAGCUUUAAAAGACACUGGCACCAUGGAAGAAGCCUCUAAUGCACCGCUCCGGCGGCUCGAGCCCAGGGCCGCCGCUCAGCCUGCCCACGCACCCGAUGACCCCAUACUGCGAGGGUAGCUGGAGUCGUAAUCCUCCUGGAGGAAAACGUUAAGAGACGUUAACUUCUAUCCAGCCACCCCCGCCCUCCCCCUCCCUCGCCUUCAUCAUCCUCCUCUCCUCCUCCCUCCAACUGGCCCUGAGACGAGUGUGAGAGCCGGAGCAAGGGGGAACGUGGGAAAGAGGAAGACGAUGUACCAAGCGCUGCUUCUCUCCUCCUCCCUCCUCAUCCUCCAUGUGAUGGGCACUCCCCAGUUCUUCGCUCACCACGGGAGGAGGGUGUGUGGCCGAGACCUCCGGCACAGCGUUGUCAUGGCGACGGAGUCCUACGUUGAACCGGUGCACAAGCCCUACAUCACCGUGUGUCAGGGGCAUCGCCUCUGCAGCACUUACAAGACUGUGUACUCGGUGGCGUACCGGCAGGUGAGCCGGCUGACGUCACCUUCCCAUUUCUACCCAGACUGUUGCCCGGGGUGGCGGAGACUUCACUCUCCCAACUGCAACCAAGCCGUGUGUGGACAAACCUGCGUGAACGGAGGAACCUGCUUAAGACCCAACCAGUGCGCCUGUCCGCUGGGCUGGACGGGCCACCAGUGCCAGUCAGAUGUGGACGAGUGCAGCGAGCGGAGGCCGUGCGACCAGGAGUGUGUGAACACAGCUGGCAGCUAUCGGUGCACGUGCAGGCACGGCUUCAGGCUCGACGGAGACGGCCGCUCGUGUCAAAGCCUCCCUCCUCCGCCUCCUCCUGCAACGCCUUCCUCCCCCACCCAGGCAACAGUGGGUGGCCACACCGACACGGGUGGAAGUUACAGACAGGUGGAGAACGUGACGGAAGAGGUACAGAGCCUGAGGGAACGAGUGGAGCUCCUGGAAAAGAAGUUGCAGAUGGUCCUGGCCCCCUUCACUAGCUUCUUCCCACUAUCGCUGGACGAGGGCGUGUCCGAGAAGACUACCUUGCUGUCCCACUCCUUCCAGCAAUUGGACCGCAUCGACUCCCUCAGCGAGCAGAUCGGCUUCCUGGAGGAGCGCCUUGGCACAUGUUCUUGCCAGGAGAAUUAACCACAGAACAUCAUCAUUCUCAUACGUCUCCCCCCCACUCAUGGAAGCACCACAGCAUCCAGUGUGUGUCUGUGUGUUUGUGUGUGUGUGUGUGUGUGAAAGAGAGAGAGAGGGGAUGGCAGAAAGCCGACACACAGCCUUGGUCUGUGAGUGUUAACACUGUGACGCAAACGAUCUGUGAUUUUCCUUAUUCCCAACAGCUUUAUUUUACUUUUCUCAUUGAAUCACUGUCAAAUGUGUGAUUUGGUAACUGUAUCUGUGUCUGGGUCAGUUUCUCCCCCUGACAUCAUCCCUGUAAUGUCUAAAUCAAACCUGCCUGAGGGGUCAAAGGUGAAAGUGGCCACUUUGUCCCUGCGUUUGUUUUGCAUCGGUGCAGCUGUGUCCUCUGUCGGAGCCCCGGGCGGUUGUGGACAUCUGUAUUUAUCUAUUUAAGUUAUGAUUAUGUUCCGUUAGACAUUUGUACCUAGUUUUGUAACAUUUUUUAAUAAAAAAAGUCUUAAUCGAAA